CGGCUCAGCGGCGCUAACAGCUAAGCUAAAUGAGCUAACCUGCUAGCCUAGUAGCUGAUCUGUCAACCUGCAUCUGAAUAAGUCCACAGAGUAAACUCUGCGCUCUUAUUGGACACCCGACCAUUUAUAGCUGAAGAGGAGCCUUUCAUGUGACUUAAACUUGGCUCUUGGGAUCCACAACAGAUGCCCCGACCGUGCUGCCAAAGCAGAUAUGCAGUCACCACGGCACUGAGGGAAGAAUGACAUUUGUCUCAUUUUAAUUCCUGGAGCUGCUCGUGGGCAGAUUUGAGGCUUGAUUAAAAAUCUGCUGCUCCUCUCAGCCAAAUCAGUGUUUUUCUCCGAUGCGCAGUUUACAAACUCAUACGACUCCGACGGUCAUUUGAGCAAGAAAAGGACUGUACAGGUGGAUGAAGCUCUUCUGAGGACUCUGCGAGAAAACACACACUAACGUACAUCAAGAUGCACGAACACUAGUUUCACUGUUUGUUCCCUUCCUGUUUGGUACUUUUUUCCCCCCCUUCUGCUUCAGUCCCAUCAUUUUUUGCGGUCGAACACAAGGACCACUUUGAAGGAGACCCCCCGCUGGCUGUGCUUGGGCCAGAGCUGAAAGGUUACAGAUUGAGUGUCCUUCUUUACUGCUACAACUGCAGUCCCCUGUCAUUUUGCUGUCCAGUAUGGUGAAGGGAGGCUGCAACCAUCGCAGUAGUGGGACUCCAACUCUCCAUCGUUUUUUUUAAUGCACUGUAAUGGAUUGCAUUACCAUUUUCUAGAGCCCUUUUCUACCCGUUUGUGCUUGAAACAAAACAUUCAUUAGUCAGGGAACCACAGUACGGGAAGGAUGAAGCUAAGGAAACAAGUGACAGUGUGUGGAGGGGCUAUAUUCUGUGUGGCAGUGUUCUCGCUGUAUCUGAUGUUGGAUCGAGUCCAGCAUGACCCUGCAAGACGACAGAACGGAGGAAACUUUCCACGGAGCCAAAUCUCAGUCCUGCAGAACCGGAUAGAGCAGCUAGAGCAGCUCCUGGAGGAAAACCAUCAAAUCAUUAGCCACAUAAAGGACUCUGUGAUGGAGCUAACAGACACAGGAGCUGUGUCUCCCAGCGGCCACCUGCCUUUCCGAAGUGCCAAUGGUUCCUGGGUCCUACCCUUCGACCGGCGUCCCACUUAUCUCGCCAUCAAGUCCCAGGAUUGCCAGUUCGCCUCGGUCAGCCGCGAUCAAACGGAUGUUCAGAUGCUGGAUGUGUACUCCCUGCUUAAGUUUGACAACCCUGAUGGAGGUGUAUGGAAACAGGGCUUUGACAUUACCUAUGAAGCAAAUGAAUGGGAUAAUGAGCCACUUCAAGUCUUUGUCAUCCCUCAUUCUCACAAUGACCCAGGUUGGAUCAAAACAUUUGACAAGUACUUCACAGACCAGACGCAGCACAUCUUGAACAACAUGGUGGUGAAGCUGGCAGAGGAUCCUCGCAGGAAGUUCAUCUGGUCAGAGAUUUCCUAUUUCUCCAAGUGGUGGGAGACUGCUGAGCCGCAAAAACAAGAGGCCAUGCGAAAGCUGAUCCUCGAAGGGCAGCUGGAGAUUGUGACUGGUGGCUGGGUGAUGACGGAUGAAGCCAAUGCUCACUAUUUUGCGAUGAUCGACCAGCUCAUCGAGGGGCAUCAGUGGCUGGAAAGAAAUAUAGGUGUAACCCCCCGCAGCGGGUGGGCUGUAGACCCGUUCGGUCACAGCGCCACUAUGCCUUACCUGCUGAAGAAGUCCAACCUGACCAGCAUGCUCAUCCAGAGGAUCCACUACUCUAUUAAAAAACACUUUUCCUCCACACGCAAUCUGGAGUUUAUGUGGAGGCAGGCGUGGGACACAGGGUCCAGCACAGAUAUCUUCUGCCACAUGAUGCCGUUCUACAGCUAUGAUGUUCCUCACACCUGCGGACCUGAUCCAAAGAUCUGCUGCCAGUUUGACUUCAAGAGGUUACCUGGAGGUCGCAUUAACUGCCCUUGGAAAGUCCCACCGAAACCAAUAGUUGAGGCCAACGUGGCAGAGAGGGCCCAGCUGCUCCUGGAUCAGUACCGUAAAAAGUCCAAACUGUACCGCAGCAAGGUCCUCCUCGUCCCCCUGGGAGACGACUUCCGCUACGAUAAGUCCCUGGAGUGGGAUCAACAGUACAUCAAUUAUCAGAAGCUCUUCGACUACAUGAAUUCUCACCCUGAGCUGCACGUACAGGCUCAGUUUGGGACUCUGACGGACUACUUCAGUGCUUUGUACAAAACAACCGGAGCCGCCGCUGGAUCCCGACCGGCUGACUUCCCUGUGCUUAGUGGAGACUUCUUUGCUUAUGCAGACCGGGAAGACCACUACUGGACUGGUUAUUACACGUCGCGACCUUUUUACAAAAGCCUGGACCGUGUGAUUGAGUCCCACCUCAGGGGGGCAGAAAUCCUCUACAGUCUGGCGGUUGCCACUGCUCGACAUGAGGGCAUGGAGGGGCGCUACCCGGUAACAGAUUAUUCCCUGCUGGUCGAUGCCAGACGGGCGGUUGGACUCUUCCAGCACCACGAUGCCAUAACAGGGACCGCAAAGGAGAACGUCGUCAUCGACUACGGCAACAAAUUAUUGCGCUCCCUAAUCGGCUUGAAGAGAGUAAUCAUUAACGCUGCUCAUUUCCUGGUGAUGAAAAACAGAGAUUUUUAUCGCUUCUACCAAACGGAGGCUUUCUUGGAGACGGACGACAGGCGAGCCACUCAGGAUGCUUUGCCUCAGCGCACUUUAAUCGAAUUGGACCCAGCAGGACCAAGGUACCUGGUUGUAUUCAACCCUAUUGAGCAGGAGCGGUUGUGCCUGGUGAAGGUUUUGGUAAACACGGUCCGGGUGCGGGUCCUCACAGAGGACGGGCAGACUCUCCCGGUGCAGCUGAGUGCUCAGUGGGGCUCUGCUACCCAAAUGAGCGCCGAGGUGUUCCAGGCAACGUUCAUGGCUCGUCUGCCGCCGCUCGGUUUGGCAGUUUUCCAUCUGUACGACUCUGCGGACUCUCCCAUGACGCUCCGCUCCGACACUCUGCUCAGGCUGUCCAGCCGCAGCGUCACAGCUCGGGCCUCCGACCCACUUCCUGUCCACUCCCAGCUGGCCGACCCUCAGAGCUUCUACAUCAGCAGCCAGUUCCUCACUCUGGGUUUCUCUGGAAGCACUGGGCUGCUGGAGAGUAUCAAGCGAAAGGAUGAUUCUAAGGAAGUAAAAGUUCAGAUUCAGUUCAUGGUCUAUGGCACCAGUCCCUCGAAAGACAAAAGCGGAGCUUACCUUUUCCUGCCGGAUGGAAAACCAAAGCCCUACAACCAGAAAGAGCCGCCUGUGGUGCGUGUGGUUGAAGGGCCUCUUUUCUCAGAGGUGGUGGCGCACUAUCAGCACUUUGAGCAGACCAUCCGCAUACACAACGUGCCAGGGGUGGAUGGUUUAUCUGUAGACAUCAGCACAAUGGUAGACAUCAGGGAUCAGUCAAAUAAGGAGUUAUCAAUGCGUCUGUCCACCGACAUCAAGAGCGAUGAUAUCUUCUACACGGACCUCAACGGCUUCCAGAUUCAGCCCCGACGGUUUUACCAAAAGCUCCCCUUGCAGGGUAACUUUUAUCCCAUAUCAAGCCAGGCGUACAUCCAGGACAGCCAGCACCGGCUCACUCUGCACACAGCUCAGGCUCUGGGGGUCACCAGCUUUGAAAGUGGCCAGCUGGAAGUGAUUAUGGACCGGCGACUGAUGCAGGAUGAUAACCGAGGACUGGGCCAGGGCCUAAAAGACAACAAGAGGACGGAAAACCGUUUCCGACUGCUGCUGGAGAGGAGAUCUUCUGGUAACAAGGGGACGGACAGCUCGACGAACAGCUUCCCCUCCAUAGUCAGCCACAUGACCAGCGCCAUCCUGAACCACGAGGUGCUGCCGCUUCCUGUUGUGCCCAAAAGACGCGGCAUCCCUCCUCUUAAAACCUUCGCCCCGCUGAUGUCCAGGUUUCCCUGCGACUUCCACUUGCUGAACCUGCGUAGCAUCCAGAACAAGCAAGAUGGGCUGACUCCAUCUCCGCACACAGCCUUACUUCUGCACCGGCUGGCUCUGGAUUGUAGCAUAGAGGCUCAGAACCUGGGCUUCAACUGCACAACAACACAAGGACAGCUGAAUGUAUCCAGUCUUUUCAAGAACCUGGACUUGCAGCUGCUCCAACCCGUGUCUCUGACUCUGAUGUACUCUAGUACUCCUCUGGCCAACCACUCCACCAUCAGCCUCGACCCAAUGGAGAUCUCAGCCUUCAAGCUCAAGCUGCGCUAAGAGCCAUCUCAGCCAAAAGAAGCAAAAACAAACCAGACUCCUUGGACCGAAGACUGAGUCCAACCCGGUCCCGUCCUGAAGCAAUCAGGAAUCGGGUCCUGGAUUUUCUUUUUUUUUCUUUUUAAGUGGAACCACGGACACUUUAGCAGGAAGAAGCAGCGUUCCCUGCAACGGGACAGACCGCACAGCAGGGGGCAGGCGUCGGCUGUUAACCGCAGAUGCCAUUUUACAGCUGUUUCCAAAUGGGGAUGAGCGACAAAGAGCUUUCAGAUGCAACCGAAAACUUGUUUGUGUCUCUGCAAUCAAAACUGAAAUUUCUGUGUUCUGCUUUGGAAGCACUUUUGUGACUUUCGAUAUUCAAUCCAGGACAAAGCCACUGAAUGUAAAUAGAAGGAAUGGUGGUGGGGGGCUGGGAUGGGUGCCACAUCAGAGUGCAAUUUAUGCUGCUUUCUAUGUGCUUUUUUGUUGUUUUAUCAAUCAAUGUAACUUUGUUUUUUUGAUUUUCUGGCAGACUUGAAUGCAGCACAGAGAAUGUGGGGUUUUGCCAGGAGAAUUGAGCUGCAAAUCCUUUAAUCUUUUUCAUUCCAUGAAAACGUCCACGUCGGUCCUCAGAUGAUCAUAAACUCUGUAGGAUGACGGCCCCUCCUGUUGUUGUCAGUUUUUCUGUUCUAAUAUCCAGAACCUUCUGGAAGGAAGGUCCACACCUGUCAGAUGUCCCACGCUUAUUCUCGCACCUUUUUUUGUGUAGCACCUCAUAUAUGCAGCAGAACUUUAAGCAGAGACUAUACCUCAUGUAUAUCAUACAGCAGAUAUAUCAGUACGUGUCUGUGGGGGGAAAAAAACAAAAAAAAAAACUUACUGUGAGGGUUUAUAUCUUUCGGCUAUCAGGGACCAGUAGCUCUUUCUUUGAUGUCAUGGAUUCUAUGGAGCAGUGAGUCAAAUCUUUAAGGUGACUGAAAAUUAAAGAGUCAUUCAGACAAUAUUGCAAAAGUGGAAGAAUUUUCUUUUUCUUUUAUGCACAAAAAAGUGGAAGAAUUUUAUGAAUUCAGAAGUGAUUAGAAAAUGAAAUGACACUUUCCAGAAGCGACUCAUUUUUAAAU